UGAACGCAGCCAUAGAGGAUCGAUCUUUGGUUUCAAGAAUCGAUUUAUUGGCUUAAUCGAAUCUUCGAUUCUUCCAUUUCUACACCCAGAGACGCGCGUCUAUGAAUGUGAAAUUCAAACGUCAAGACACGAUCGUUGCCGAUAUGCGAGUGAGGAUAUACGACAAGGAAAAAUGUAUCUACGAGCGCGAGAUCGUCCGGUCUGACGGAAAAAACGACCUAGAAAUAUUGAUGCAGAAUCUGCGAGACGUGCAGUCGGAUGUCAACGAUUUUUUAACCACGUUAAUUCAACGGCAAGAUCCGUCCGUUGAUGCAGCGAAUCGAUUAAUUCCCUCGGAUACUGAAUCAGACUGCAUCGAGGAUGAAACUGAGGAAGAAGAGAAGGAAGACGAGACGCGGACCAAUUCCAAGAAAUGCAAGCUGUCGACUUGAGUCGUGUACAUUCCAUUAAUAGAAGAAUAGAAAAGAUAUUUAUUGGUCCUCUUGAGAGAGGAAACAUGUCUACUAUGUUGUCGAACGAGGCUCAACUGCGCUAUAUGAUAGAAUGGUUUCGUGAGUGGUCCGAGAUGCAGCGGAGCGAUUUUCUGGGCAUACUGCUGGAGAACUGCGGUCCCGUGGGACUUGUGAAUGGACUGGUAGCUGGUAUGGAGAAGUUGGGCUGUGAAGGAUCCGAUAGGCCUCCGAGCUUGUUCCAGUGUCGCGUCAAGCUUUUUCGAGAGUGGAGCAGCAAUUGGUCGCAGUGCGAGAAAGAUUCUUUGUUAGCAGCUAUUAAGAAUACGGAUAGUAAGUUCGCCGAAAUGUACGAGGAAAGAUUAUUGUCACUGACGGAAGACAAGCAGUAACGAGUGAGCAUUUUACGCUUUACGACUUAUAAAUUCUAGAUAGAUAUAGUUACUCCUAGCUUUUUUAAUUUAAUAUAAAUGUAGAGAGAGCAUUUUUAUAUUUAUAUAUAAUAUUUAUUUACUUAUAAAUGAACUAUUUAAUUUAAAAGUGUCAUAAAUAAAAUUGUGAUGUUAAUCUUAUAUAAAGUUGUUCCCAUAACAUAAUUAGAGCCACUGCAUCAGUAACUGAAUAAUCACUAGUAAAGGAUUGUGUGUGAAAAAAGGUAUUAAUAUAAUAAAAUUUCAAAAUUAAUAAAUUGCAAACUAAUUGAUAUUUUUUAGAUUCAACUUUCAUACAGAUUAAAAUAUAAUUCUUUAUUUGAAAAUGUAAUUAUAUUAAAUUGAUUUUAUUUGUUCAUCGACUCGUGCAAUGACUCUACAUUCUUUUUGUAUCAAAAUUUAGUUUAUGCCACUUUUAACGUGAAAAAAUUCUUUUUAAUUUCUGUGGAAAUCGUGAAGGAUUUAAAAAAAAGUUCAUCAUUGUGUGAAAUGGAUUUAUAUUUUGCAGCUAUAUGAUACAUCAACUUAAUAAAAAGCUUUAGACAAGCUGAUGAAAAAUGAAAAAUUGUACAAAUGCUUGCGAAAUUGUAAUUAUUGAAAUUUGUUUCUUAUUGUACACAUUCCUCUGUUUUUGCAUUUCAUAUUCUUUAUAUUUAAACAUUGUCAUUAUAGUCAGGUUUCAUCUUAUUAAUUACAGUUACUAGACUUCGUAUGCAUAUACAAAUAUAACGUAAACGGCUACAAAAAUAAGACAAUGUGAAUUAGGGAUUAUUUUAGAUUUAAGAGAAGCGCAUGUAACUAGUUUUCUAAAAAGAAUUAGAGAAUAUUGUAUGAUUUUUACUUGUUAUUAUUAACGAUUAUAUAGAAUUUAUAAUAACUUUUAAUAAAAUGAGAGCGAGGCAGCUCUACAACAGAAAAAUGUGGCAUUUAAAAUCCCAGGUCGAGCAUAUUUUUCAUAAAUUUAACUCUAAUUUUGAGAUGAAAGACUAUUUUUUUUAGAUUAAUAAAGCAGAAUGGUUGACUUAUCAUUUCAAGAUAAUAUGUUAUAUUCUAAGUUAACAGUAACGCACAAUAACUGUCUUGUGUCUAAAAUCUCAAAUUAAAAAACCGUUCUGUUUGUGGUUGAUGACAAACCGCUGUUAGUAACACAAAUAUUAGAGGAAGGAAGGAAGUGUUGGAAUACCAUUGUGUUUUUUUUUAAUAACUCAGUAAAUUUUAAUGCGACAUAAUUCUUAUCAACCCUAAUUUGUUAGCCAUAAAGUUCUAUCAGUUAUUCUAUGAGUACAAAUUUGAUAUAUGGAACAAACAUAAUUUAUAAUUUACUGAAAAGUGAAAAAAGAAUGUUUGUGAGAUAGCAAGGAGAUCGUGAAAUACUAACGACUAAUGUUGUGAAAUACUAAUAACUAAUGUUAUAAAAGCACUUUUAAUUAUAAAAACAUCACAAAUUAAUGAUCCUUCGUAUAUCUAUACCUACUAAUAAGUGCCACAAAACAAAACUUUAUGAAUACUUUAAUAAAAUAUAUUUUAUUAAAAAAAAAAAAAUUUUUUUUUAUAAUUUCUUUGGCUUAAUAAAUAAUUUAAAAAAUUUUUUAAAAUAAUGUCUUUGCUGUUAGUAAGCAUUUUGAGUCCAAUAGAAAGUCACAAGAGCAGUCUUCUGCUCACGACCAUUUCAUAACCCCUUUCACUACAUGAUGUAAUUCUAUUAUAUGAAUUCAUACACACAUUACGGUACAUAUUAAAUUUAAUUAUUUUAUUCGAAAGCUAUAUUCAAAACUUUUAAGUUAAACUAAAGUUAAAAAAUUAAUAUUUAACAUGCUUUUCAAAAUUAUAUAAAGGUAUAUACUUGUAAAAAUCGUUACUAUUUCUAAAACUUACAUUCUUCUUUUAUAAAAAAAGCUUUGAACACUAAUGACCAGUAACCAUCCUAUAAUAUCUAUAAUAGACUGUAACGAAGUAAUUUUAACGAUUGCUCUUAGAAUUCAAUGCGAAUUAUACAAGAUCUCAUGGUAUAUCCACAUAUCACGUAUCUCACGACCUCCAUCUUUCCUCUAAUAAUUUUAUUUUUAGAUACAAAGUAUUCGGUAACAUAUUGGAGAAUAUUUAACAAAUAAUUGUAGCUGAUAAAAUAAGACAAAAGUCAAGACUAACAAACUUGCGAUUAAGACUUUGUUUUUUAAUGAUGAAUAUUUGAAAUCACAUAUUUUAGGCAUUUUUUACAAAAAUUUAAAUAUUUAGAAUUAUAAGAUCAAGAAUAACGAAAUUUCUUUUGGUAGAAAUAUUGUUUGUAAUUAUAAUGUCUAAAUAUUCAUAUACUUUAGGCACUUUUUACGUAAAUAUUUAAACAUUUAUAAUUGAAAAACAAAGUCUUAAUCGCAAUUCUAUUGUUCUUGAUUUUGGUCUUUUCUAGAAUUAUUCUAUAAAUUUCCUCCUACUUGUCCCAAACAUCUUGUAUAUUACAAAAGUAUCAGUAUGUAAUAAAUAAUAUUAUCUUGAAAUUACAAGUAACUUUGGCCUUUGACUACGGCCUUUAUUCUAGAUUAUAAAAAAAAUUUAGCUUUAUAUUUCUUUAUCUGUGUGUAAAAUAUACAAGUAUAUAAUAUGUAUAAACAUAGAAACGGAAACCAUUGUAAUCGAUAAAAAACUUUAUUACAAUAAAUACAUUCCUUAAAUAGGAUUUAUAAUAUA